ACAGGUGGACAGCAGAGGCAGGCCUUCAUAGUGAGCUCCAGACCAGCCCUGGACUGCAGUGAGACUGUCUCAAAAGGAGCUUGGGGUAGGGCACUAAUGGAGACUGUGUUUGGUUAGAGGAGGCACACGUCCUACGUAUAGUGCACAUUGAGGUCAGAGGACAGAAUCUGGGGAGUCUGUCAGCGAGUUCUCAGACAGCGAGUUCUCAGACAGCGAGUUCCCAGACAGCGAGUUCCCAGUCAGACAGCACUUUCCACCUCCAAGUCAGAAUGCUAGGCUUAGUAGUCAGUGAGUUCCCAGACAGCGCCUUCCACCUCCAAGUCAGGAUGCUAGGGUUCCAGAUUUGAGCCACUGUGCCUGGCCUUGUAUACAUUUCUGGAAUUGAACUAGGGUUGUCAUGUUGUCAUGGUUGGUACUAAGCCAUCUUCCUGCCCUUGACUUCAUCUUUACUCACUCCUGGGACUUACCUCCCUCAUCUCUUAACAGCAUGCAUCACUACGCCAGUGCCCUCCCUGUCCCUGCUUUUUCUCCAGCUGGCUGUCCACCCCUACCUUUCCCUGAGACCCUGAGGACAGAGCUCGUUUUAUUCCCUCUGCAGUUAUGGGCCGAAGGAAGUCCAAACGGAAGCCGCCCCCCAAGAAGAAGAUGACAGGCACCCUAGAGACCCAGUUCACUUGCCCUUUCUGUAACCACGAGAAGUCCUGUGAUGUGAAGAUGGACCGUGCUCGAAACACUGGAGUCAUCUCCUGCACCGUGUGCCUAGAAGAGUUCCAGACACCCAUCACGUACCUGUCAGAGCCAGUGGAUGUGUACAGCGACUGGAUAGACGCCUGUGAGGCAGCCAAUCAGUAGCAAUGUCAAGGACCUGCUCCUCCACAGCCCCCGAUCUGGCUACCCAUCCAGAGACAUUCCAGGGCUCCAGGGUGUAGGUCCAGGGCUGACAGCCCUCCCUCUGUGUGUAUGGAGUGGGUAUGAAUGAGUAGGUGUACACGGCUGCAGAUGUGACUGCAGGGACCGAGGUGAGCGAUGCUGCUCACCAAGCAGCCCAGGGUGGCCUCACAGAACCCUACGCCUCAGAUGACUGAAAGCCUUGGAGUUGUUCCCACCCUGCCCCAAGCUUCAGGUUCCUGUCUUCUCUGGUGACGGUUCCUGACAUCCCAGGCAAGGAAUAGCUGUGGGACCUCCAGUCUCCUCAGACACCUCACCAGCACCUUGCCCUUGGGGACCUGGAUUUUCUGUCCUUCCCAGCCUCCUUGUGCUUGUGGUCUGGGAGUCGAGGCUACUGACCACCCAGGUCCCUUGGCUGGGCUUUGCUGGGGGGGGCACCAUUUUCUUCUUCUGCCGUUGUAGAAAAGGUAGGGGCUAGUUGGGGUACAGCUGUCACUCAUGAUCCUGUCAAUAAAGCAGCCAGUGUGUA